UGACAGGGUUGUUUAUUAUUUUAAUACCAGUGACACUCGUGGGUAGUCCAUGACUCAACUAACUUGUUUCAUCUCUACAGUGUAACUGCCUGAUUGUGACCUCACUCUCCUGCUGCAGCUUUUGCUCCAUUUACCCAACUGGCACACAUUUCUAAGAUCUAAAAACCAAAAACCCUUAUAUGAUUCAAUUCCAAAACCCAAACCAAAGCUCUCAACUUUGUCCGUUCUCCACUUUUACCACAUGGAAAAUCUAUCUGAAUUUCAUCCUCCUUAUGAUCUAAUAAUCUUGGGAGCGUCAGGCUUCACUGGCAAAUAUGUUAUAAAAGAAGCACUCAAGUUCCUCAACACCUCUUCUUCCCCCUUAAAAACCCUAGCUUUAGCCGGUCGAAAUCCAACCAGACUAACCCAGUCCCUCAAUUGGGCUGCCCAUCCGAACCCACCUCCAUCAAUUCCUAUUAUCACUGCUGACACCACCGAUCCUGCUUCUAUCCGUCAUCUCUGCACUCAAACCAAGCUCAUUCUCAGUUGUGUUGGCCCCUUUCGCCUCCAUAGCGAAUCUGUUGUUGCUGCCUGUGCUGAUACUGGGUGCGAUUACUUGGAUAUAUGCGGGGAGCCUGAGUUUAUGGAGAGGAUGGAGUUGAAGUAUCAUGAGAAGGCAAUGGAGAAUGGUUCGUUAGUGGUUUCGGCAUGUGGGUUUGAUUCAGUUCCCGCUGAAAUGGGGUGGAUGUUUAAUUCUAGGCAAUGGGUUGCACCGUCUGAGCCGAACCAAAUUGAGGCUUAUUUGAGCUUGGAAUCGGAGAAAAGGAUUGUUGGCAACUUUGGGACGUAUGAAUCUGCGGUUUUAGGGGUGGCAAAUGUAGAUAAGUUGCAGGAAUUGAGACAGUCAAGGUCUAAGAGGGCAAGGCCAGUGAUUCCUGGUCCAUUUCCUCCCAAAGGACCAAUGAUCGAUCAUCAAAAGGAGAUUGGCCUUUGGGCCGUAAAGCUACCUUCAGCAGAUUCUGUUGUUGUUCGAAGAACUCUUUCAACAUUGACUGAAAAUCCCCGUGGUCUUCCUGGGGUUGAUGAGAGUGCUGAACAGAUUGAAAAGAGAGAAGAAUUCUGGUCAGCAGUGAAGCCAGCUCAUUUUGGGGUGAAGCUAAGUAGUAAAACUAUAUUGGGCAUCUUUCGGUCCAUAACAGUUGGCAUGUUCAUCGGACUGUUGGGUAGAAAUUCUAUAGGUAGGUGGCUUCUCUUAAAGUUCCCAUCCGUCUUUAGUCUUGGAUGGUUCAGGAAGAAGGGUCCAUCUGAGGAUGAGGUGAGAAGUGCUACAUUUAAGAUGUGGUUUGUCGGACGGGGCUUCAGUGAUGUGAAUCAAGUUUCUCAGGCAAACAUGAAACCGGACAUGGAGAUAGUUACAAGAGUGAUGGGACCUGAGAUUGGCUAUUUGACCACCCCUAUAAUCUUAGUUCAGUGCGCUCUUAUCCUUCUCAGCGAGCGCAACAACCUACCAAAAGGAGGAGUUUUCCCCCCAGGUAUUGUAUUUGGCCCUACAGAUCUUCAGGAACGACUCCAACGGAAUGGAAUAUCUUUUGACUUUAUUUCUAAAAGAGCCCUCCCUUCUUCAUCUUUGCACUAGGCAAUAGGACACAACUUGGACCUUUUUAAUACUAAUAAAUGUAAUAAUAAUAAUAAUAAUAAUAAUAAUAAUAAAAGUUGCUCUGAUUUGACUGUUU